CAGCGGUUGUGUACACAUGAACUCCACACACAGCGAAACAUAAAUAUAAGCACGGUUUCCCCAUUUUCCUUUCUGAUGGCACCAAAAAGAAGCCGUGGAACAGCAAGUCCAACAGAACCUCAUGUGAAGGUGAUAAAGAUUGGCGGGGAUGGAGAUAUGCAGGACUUUCAUUCUGAAUCAAUGGAGGAGAGAUUCAGGAUGGCAGAAGAGUCCAGCCCCUCACCUCCUCCCAACAAUGAGCAUGAAGUCAUUGACUUUGAUGAAGACAGUUUUACAGCUUCAGGCAUCAGAACAGACACCAUCAGCCUUCUCAUGAAAAUAGACCAGCUUCAGGCACAACUCAAAUACGAACGCAGAUGUAGAAUUUUGGCUGAGAGAGAACUGAGGGAGCUCAGAGAGAUGAACAGCCUGAUGCUGCAGAUGAGGCACACGGCACACGAGCUCCGAAUCACUCUGGAUCAUGUUCUCCACGGAGGUCCGGCAACGGUUGGGUCACAAAACCCAGAGGAACUUGUGACGUUCCUGCCAGAGCCUGAAGUACAGAUGAGAACAGUUGAUAAUAUGCAAGAGGAUGACCCUAACUUCCUUUAUCUGAGUGAAAGUCUUCGGGUGCCCAAAAAUCUCUACGAGCGCAUCGCAGAAAUCGCUGACUACAAGAAGUACGUUUCAGCGCUGCUGAUGAUACUGUUCGACAGAGACACGUUGGCCACACACUGCCUUCAGAGCCGGAAGAGCUCACUAAUAGGAGAGGACAACCACAAGCCUGCUCUCCCAUCGGAGAUUUUAAAAGGCUUCAUGGAUCACGUUGCAGGGAAGUUUGGCGUCGACAGCAACCUAAUAAAAACCGCAAUCCGCACAAAGUUGAACAACGAGGACAAGUUGAUGAAGAAGAGGCUGGGCUUGAACAGAGCUGCCGCCGACAAAACCAUCAGCCAAGACGCUUCGCUUCUGCCGAAAAUUGAACCCAUGACAAAUGACUCCGAGUUCUAGCUGGUCCACUUUUACUCACGCGCUUCUCAUUUCUAAUAGCGUUACGUAACGAGAUAUCCGUAGAGUUAGCUAUUUUCCAACACUUUGUAGAUUUUAUUAUUAUUU